UAUAGCGAGUGUUCACUUGACUGUAUUCUUGAGUCUAUGGGAGAUACUUUGUUUACAAACAUAAGAAUUUUUUUUAGGUGAUAAAGUAUAAGUUAAAUGAUUGAACAUGCUGUAUAAGCAAACUGAUGAAACGAAUUUUAAUCAAAUUUAUUUAAACGUUAUUAUAAUGAACAGACUGGAAGAAAAUCAAGUUAUUACAGCUAUUAGUUCGUCAUUUUAUAAAAAUGUAUUUUUACUCACGCGAGUGCUACCACCGUCUUCUGAAUUUCAGCAAUGCUUCAAAAAAAAUAUGUUUGACAAGCCAAAUACAAUGGGCUUUUUACACGUAUCUCAUUAUCUGUCAGUCAUAUAUGACUCGAAGCUCUUUAAGCAAAUGGUCAGUUGGCCGGUCUUGUGCAAAAAGGAUGAAGUAAAGUAUCGUACAGAAAUUAAAGAUUUUUUCUUUGUCUUAUCGCAAGACAAUCCUGAUAUUAAUUUUCCACCAGUAUUGAUGUCCCAUUUGAUCCAGUCAGGAGGAACCAGAUUUCUAAUUAUUAUGUGGAAAUUAUCACAACUUGCUCUCAGAGCUUAUAUUAAAAGAGAAUUUCAAGAAGAAUUGCUAUAUGCCCCGCGUACAAGUCCAUUGGAUGAUUUAACAAUAACAUACUUUAAUAACAUAAUUGCAGAGAAACACAAUGUUAUGACAGAGACUCAUAAGAAAACGAAAAGAGUUUUGGAUGCUGCAAAUAACUUUCUCCACAAUGAGAUUAAGAUAUUAAGUGUUUAUAAAUCAGAGAUUUUUGAUAGAAGAGAAAACUUAAAAAGGGUAGUUUCUAAUCUUCUAACUUAUCCAUUGAUUCAAGAACAACUGAUGAAUGUUGAAGACUCUAAAAUUAUAAGCUUAUGGAAAAUAGAAAUUUUGAAGAAAAUGCAAUAUAUACGUAGGAAGAAUGAAAAAUUAAAAAAAUUGGAAGACUCCUGCAAUCGUUUGUGCAAACUUAUUGUGGGAAUAAACUCAAAUUCUGAAAUACUUGAUGGAAAUAAAUUUCCUAAAGUUAACUGUGAUAGUUACUUGCAUUUGAACUGUAAUUUAUAUGCGGAUGGCUCCAUUAUAUUGUCUACUUUGCUAUCAUUGCUCUAUGUAUCAUUCAUACAAAUACAGUAUCGUAUAAACACUGCCAAUUUCUCAGAUCUGUCGUCAUGCUUACUAUACAUUCAAAAUGCUUGCAAAAAUAUAAAAUCUCUGAAAACGCUAUUUACUGCAAUGAACACAAGAAUUAGCAACAUAUUUCAAGAUGAACAAUAUAUCUUUCGAGAAAUUGAAAAUAUUUCCAAUUUUGAUACAAACAGUAUACUGACAGCAAAACGCUACAUGUCCUUGCAAUCACCAAAGAUUGAUUUUAACUUUAAUCAAUGUUUGGAUGAUAAUCUUUACGAGAAGUUGUCUUUAUCUCCAAUUCGAGAUAAACAUAAGCAUUUAUUUAAGAAAUACAAAUGCAAAUAUUGUCCAUCAUCCACGUUACAAGGAGCAUUAUCGGAUUUCAGCAGCUCUUGGAACAAUAUGAACGGAUGGCUGUCACCCCGUGCACAUUCUAUCAAAUAUGAGCAAAUUACAUACAAUGGAAAACCGCUCUCGCCUUUGUAUUCUCGACUAUUACAGCAUUCCAAAUUGAGACUAAAGCAUUCUAUAAAUAACACAUCGUGCAGCCCAAACAUGAGUUAUGAAGGAUUGAAUGUAACGCCAAAAAAACGUCGCUCAAUAUCAAAACAUCAAGAUAGCCAUGGUGAAACAGCGAAAAAUCUUUUUAAUUUUGCUGUGACCCAAGAUUAAUAUAUCUUCAGAUACAGAAAAGUGACAUGAAAAUAGAAUUUAUAAUAUUAAUGAAGACCUUUAGUGAGAAAUUGAAUGGUUUUCUAAUGCUGGACAAAGAAAUUGUGAUGCAAUUUUUAAAUGUUUAAAUAAUGUUUAUUCCAA